AUGUCACCAGCCGAACGUGCGCCCAGGGCUGCUGGCAACGAAAUGCGAAGCGUCACUUGGUUUGUACUUUCGGACCAAAGAGACUUCUUACCUGCCAAAAGCAGUGGCCUUGGCUCUCUAAUUGCUUAUCAUGUCUCGCUCGACACGAGUAAUUUCGAUCGCGGUGUGCUGCUCAGCAUUUUCGCGAGAGCACUGCUGGUUCACCGGCAAUAUACACCAUCGGACGCGCCCUCAGAUGGCAAACUACUCGACGACUCGAUAUACUAUUGCCGCAAGGCCGUGGAGCUAGGUCCCCUGGAAGAAAUUAAUCGUGCACUACAUUUCUAUGACCUCGGCGACCAGCUAACAUCGAGGUACGCCGAGCGGCACGAUGCAGCAGACUUCGCGGAAGCAGAGAGGUGUUUCCAACAGGCAUCUACCCUGAAACCGGCCGGGCGACCCAUCUUUGUGUUUCGAUGGGCGAGACUUCUUAAAGAGCGUGAUGAGUUUGCAAACCUUGAGAAGACCGAGAUGCUGCGCACCUACAUGGGCAAGCUGAAAGAAGCCGUGAUCAGCGAAACCAACGCGUUUAGGCCCGCCGAGUAUCGUACCUCCCUCAGCAACGUAUGGUGGCAUUUCGGAUAUAGCUUCUGGGAGCGCUCUGAGGUUACACAUAAUUCGGAUGACCUGAAGCAUGCUGCUGGUUGUUUUGAACAGGCCAGGCUAGCACCCCUUCAUGGUUCAAUCGACCGCUUUCGUGCUUAUCAAGACCUGGGACGAGUCAAGGCAAUUCAGUUCAUGCAGAACGGGAAUUUGGAGGACGGGAACACUGCGGUGGAGAUGUUAACCGAAGCCCUCAAGAUCCAGCCAGAGUCAUCGCUGGCAAUGGAGUCUCUUGGGAACCAUCUACGCGUUUUCGCAGACUACACCAAUUCAGAUGAAAUGCUCUCAAGGUCAGCAGAGAUUCUGAGAAAGGUCCUUUGUGCCAGUGAACAGCCUAAAGCGUUGUCGAAACCUGGCAAUGAUGGGAAAACCACAUAUACAAUGCACAAUGAUCUCGCAAAUGCGUACUACUUCAAUUUCAAGAUCAAUUUGCUGGUGGAGGAUCUCUCUGCAUCGAUUCGGGGAUAUCAGUCCGCUCUCAAGACCUUGGAAGAAAGUGGACUGGAAAACGCUAAGAGGGCUAAUUUGAUGGUCACGCAUGGGCUAGCUAUUUCACUCACAGCACAAUUCGAGGUCACUCAACAGCAACGAGACAUUGACAGAGCCAUCGAAUGCUACAAGAGAUGUUUGCAGGGCGCCACGGAGAAAUCCCUACAAUAUGUCACUCGUGCAACCAAUCUCGCUUCUGCUUAUCAAGAGCGAUACAAGCUCACGGAGAAAAUAGCGGACGUCAAAGAGUCCCAGAGAAUUCUACUGGAGGUGCUUGAGUGGAAACUUGGUCUUCCAGCGGACCACCGAUCCAACUUGUGCAACCAUCUUGGACGGGCAUAUCUAUUCUCCUAUAUCGUGUACCGAGAGCCAGUGUACCUGGACUUUGCAAAGGAGCAGUUCCAAAAUGCCCUUUCCUCGGGCAGCACGCGCCAUGCCUUCCAAUUGGCUGCCUCAAACAACCUAACCCGUGUGCUGAGAUACAAGGCUCGACAAACGAAAACCCUUUCAGACCAGAUCGCUGCGCUGGCACAAAUGAAAGAUAACCUUGAACGACUGAAGCCACUUCAAGAGAGUAGCCAGCACGUGCAUCAAGAUUCAUUCAUGUACAACUUUAUCGACUUUAUUCUCGAUACCUGGGAAGACUCAGGGUACAACGCUACCUCAAUGUUUGGGCAGAUGUACCUCAGUUCUGUCUUGACGAUGCUCCCCAGAAUGAGGACACUGCAGGUCUCUGCCAUUGUCCGACUCUAUAUGUACGCGGCAUUGGCGCAAGAUAUCAUAGCCAAGAAGCCAGGAGAAGCUCGCAACAUGAUUCGGGCAGCGGCUGAUCUCUUACCUAAAGCCAUACUCCUCAGCUUUGGCCGCAAGGACACCCUCAAUAAUCUAGGCAACUUGGUUGCUCUGCCAAGCUUCACCAUCUCGUACUCGCUAGAGGCAGGAGACUCACCGUCCCAGGCUCUCCAACUCUUCGACAAAGUCCGCAGUGUCAUGUGGGAUCAGGUACUAUCCAGUCAAUUGACAUUGCAAGGGAAGCGCAUUGAGGAAUUUCCGGCUCUCCAAGUCAAAUUGGAAACGAUUCAAAGGCCCCUUUCGAAGGCCAAGGCCCGUCAAACGAAGAAUGCACUUUCGGGAGAUAUCAACGAGAGUCUAGUGCAACAACACGAGAUUUAUUGCGAGUCGGUAGCAUAUCAAGAGAUCUUGGGUGAGUCGAAAGCAGAUCCCGAGCUGGAGGCCUUUCUACGCUUGCCAGCAGAUACUUCCGACCUGGUCAAGUAUGCACAGGAAGGACCAGUAAUCAUUGUUAACAGCAGCCUAUUCCGCAGCGAUGCUAUCAUCGUGACUACAGAAGGAGUCGACUCGCUUCGCCUCCCAAUGCUAGAGGGACGAUCAAUGACAGAACGAGAAAAUUGGUAUGCAGCAGCCCUCCAUCUCAUGAGCAGCGAUCUUCCUGCCGCAACGCAGCAACUGAACCAAGUCCUCGAGUGGCUGUGGGACGCCAUUGCGGAGCCAAUCUUUCAACAUCUUGGAUUCAAUGGCGAUGUAACUGCAGACAGCGAGCUACCACGAACAUGGUGGAUCACCACAGGCCGGAUUGGUACAUUCCCUCUUCACGCUGCAGACCGAACAACGCGCACUCCUGAUCUCUAUGGCGAUUACACCCGGAAUGGGAGAAGAUACCGACCUACCAAUGCCGAGCGCGAGGUAACCAGUAUCCAAGAGAUUGUGGACAGUCGAGGUGGGAAGAGCAAGGUUCUUCUGAGUCCUAAUCGGGACGUUGCACUGCGCCACCUUGGACGAGCUGACUUCGCCCAUUUCGCCUGCCAUGGUGUCUGCGAUGGUGACGAUCCCGCGCGCAGUGCACUCCGUCUGAUGGAUUGGACAGCUAAGCCCCUUGACGUAGGAUGCCUCCUUCAACAGGAGAAUCUUGGUUGUCAGCUCGUGUAUCUCUCUGCAUGUGAGAGUGCGUCCAACAAGUCGAAGUUUCGCGAUGAAGGACUUCAUUUGGCUGGCGGAUUCCAGAUGGCUGGGGUCCCUCAUUCCAUUGCAAGUCUGUGGCACGUGGAUGAUUUCUACAGUGUUGACGUUUCUGAGAGAUUCUAG